AUAAUAUGUAAUUGUUGCCUUAUUCACAUAUUUUACGUUGACACAAAAGCCUUAACGAUUACUUCCAUUAGAAGAGUAGUCCACCAAAAACAACACCAGCAGUUGCUGUUGUCCAAAUUCUCAGCUCAAACCGGAAGAACACAUGUGAUGUUGCAAAGUGAAAAUGCACCUUUGGACCAAACAGGAAUGAAGGAAUUUGCAGAAUUAGCUGACCAGUAUUAUUGGUUCAAGCCUUUGAAGCUAGUGAAAAAUGGAACGGUCGGAAAAAUAUGGAAUGCUACAUCAUACAGCUGCGGAAUUAGCAUUUUUGAGCUGCAAAAAGCUGUGGUGAUAAUAGUUUUGAUGCAUAAUGUUGAUAAUGUUCGUGGACAAUCGAGUAGUCCUCAAAUCAACACCAGCAGUAUAUCAAAAUUACCAGCUCAAACCGGAAGAACACCUGUGAUAUUGCAAACUAAGAUUGCACCAAUGAACCAAACUGGAAUGAAGGAAUUUGCAGAAUUGUUUGAUCAGUAUUAUUGGUCUAAGCGUUUGAAACUGCUGAAAGAUGGAAAUUGUAGGAAAAAUAUGGAAAGCUACAUCACACAGCUACGGAAUGGGUCCUUUUGGGCUUCAAAAAUGUAUGAUGCAUCCGGGCGAUAUAAUGGACAAUUCUUCUUUGGCAAUGAUUAUUGGCUUGGAUCUUGGACGCUGUGUCAUGAACUUCAAAAUCCCAAUACCAACAAUGAAAUUCCUCCUUUUCCCGUAUACUUUUUUGUUGUUAAAUUCAAAGUAAAUAUGGGCAUUACAUUUACACCCCAGCCUCGACAAAUCCAUUUAGGGCUUUGCCUGCCUAAAUCUUGCGAUAUUAUGGAUGUUAGAAAAUUGCUACUUGAGGAACGUACCAACGCUAUUAACACAACCAUUAUUGAUGUUAGAACAGUACCAGGAAGUUAUUCGAUUUUUAAAGACUAUACAUUUCAAAUUGUUGGCACAUCUGGAUUGAUGACAUUAAUGUUGAUAAUAGUCGCUUCAGUUGUUGAAGUACUUUUAAAGAAAAAAGUUUGCCAUUCCCAUUCGAAAAAUGAUGGGGAAACGAACAGGACAGUUGAAAGUUCAAUAAGCAAAGAGAAAAUUAUCAGCAGCCCAAACAGUCUCAAGAAGGAACACAGAAUUCUCCUAAGACUGUUGCUCGCCUUUUCAGCAAUUAGUAAUGGAAGAAAAAUUAUUUCCGCCAACUCCUCAGUGUCUAAGGACGUAAUAGGGUGCUUUCAUGGACUGCGGGUGUUUUCCAUUGGAUGGAUCAUUUUAGUUCAUACUUACUUGCAAAUUUUCGGAAUUGGCGCAAACAAAAGUUUACGCACGAUUACGGAACAGAACUUUAUGUAUCAAACAAUAGCAAACGCGACAUUUUCAGUAGAUACAUUCUUUUUUAUAAGUGGGCUGUUGGUGACUUUGGUAUUUCUACGAAACGAAGUUUCAAAAGAUGAAAAUCCACAAGAGAAUUCUCUAGUAGCAGUUUUGUCUUCAAGUGUCUCAAAAUUUGCCCUCAUGAUUGCAUACAGGUUUAUUCGCUUAACACCUGCAUAUUUAUUCGUCUUAGGAGUCAACGAAGUGGUUGUCAGGCAUAUUCACAACAAUUCGGUUUUUACUCCUGCCAUUGUGGAUCAUAUAACUUGUAAGAAAUAUUGGUGGAGAAAUGCCCUUUAUAUAAACAACUUUUAUCCGCGAGCUGAAUUUUGUAUGCUCUGGUCUUGGUAUAUGGCAAACGAUACGCAAUUUUUUGUUGUUGCUUCCAUCCUACUGCUUACAGGAAUAAGGGGAAAUAAGCAACUUAAAUGCGUCGCUGCAUCAAUAUCUAUUUUGCUUCUCUCAUCAUGGCUGGCGACAUUUAUUUUAGCAAUCAAACAUGAUUUUGUUGCUAAAGUACAAGAACCCUUCGCUUUGUUCGAUGAACUUUAUGAUAAGCCAUGGAUGCGUAUCGGGCCGUACUUGAUAGGCAUGAUUAUAGGAUACGUAUUAUUUAAAUUAAAUGGAAAAUUAGUAUUUACUCCAGCAGUGGUGAUAUUGGGUUGGAUAUUGUCGCUCAUGUGUUUGGGGUCAUUAGUUUAUGGUUUGGGAAAACAUGGCUUGGCGGUUCCAGCGUCAGCAUUUUACGCUGCUUUGGGCCAUACAGCUUGGGGCCUCUGCUUAGCCUGGAUAACAGUGGCGUGCUGUUCAGGUUACGGGGGCCCAUUUAACGUAUUGUUUAGUUUUAAAUUAUUUUUGCCCCUAAGCAAAUUGACUUACGGUGCUUAUCUUGUACACCCGACCAUCAUGUUUCUUACAAGUUUUGCACUGGAUGGUUCUUUGCAAAUACACAACGUUUUAAUGGUGGUGAUAUUCUUUGGAAAUGCAGUGCUUUCGUUUAUUUGCGCAUUUGUGAUUUCAUUGGCAUUUGAGGCUCCUGCUAUAAAUCUGAUGAAAAUUGUUAUGGGGUGAAAUAAAAUGAAACAUGUGCUUGAAUAAAAGUGAACACCUAAUGUUUA